AUGCCCAAUUCUAAUCUGGAUAGAACUAACGCUUGGAAUCUCAGCGAUUCGUCAUACCGUCCACUUCCGGUGGACACUGCGGGCAUACCGGUCAACGCGAAUCUGGUUUCACGAGAUUUUCCAGUAACUCGUUUAAUUCGUACAAGAUUCACUCGGGCCGAGAUGAUGCCUUUGCCAAACGAUCGGCUGAAGUCCUAUGAGGAACGUGUCCUUCGAAUCCAAUGUCUGUUCCGCUUCUGUCCGGAUGCUUCUUGGUGUAAUCUGGUGAGCGUUUCGGUUGCAUCGGCAUGGUUUGAAGUGUUGCAUGAUGUGCAUUUGUCCUCAGUUGGAACAAAAAUGACGUAA